GGCACAACCUACUCCUGUGUUGCCAACUAUGAAGGCACCAAUGUUGAGAUUAUUGCCAACGAGCAGGGUAGCUACACAACCCCCUCGUUCGUCUCUUUCACCGAGAAGGAGCGCUUGAUUGGCGAGGCCGCAAAGAACCAGGCGGCGAUGAACCCGAAGAAUACCAUCUUCGAUAUCAAGCGUCUGAUCGGCCGUCGUUAUGAUGAUCCCAUCGUCAAGAAGGAUGUCGAAUCAUGGCCCUUCAAGGUAGUUGACCAGGGUGGAAGCCCCGCCGUCGAGGUUGAGUAUCUUGGAGAGACGAAGACUUUCACUCCCCAAGAGAUCUCCUCCAUGGUCUUGAUGAAGAUGAAAGAGGUCGCGGAGACCAAGCUCGGUAAGAAGGUUGAAAAGGCGGUUAUCACAGUGCCAGCCUACUUCAACGACAACCAGCGUCAAGCGACCAAGGAUGCCGGAGCUAUCUCGGGCCUUAACGUCCUUCGUAUCAUCAACGAACCUACUGCUGCCGCCAUCGCCUAUGGUCUUGGUUCCGGAAAGUCUGACAAGGAACGCAAUGUCCUGAUUUAUGAUCUCGGUGGUGGUACCUUCGAUGUGUCCCUGUUGAACAUACAGGGUGGUGUCUUUACUGUCAAGGCUACCGCUGGUGAUACUCACCUUGGUGGACAAGAUUUCGAUACCAACUUACUCGAGCAUUUCAAGAAGGAGUUCCAGCGUAAGACUGGAAAGGACCUCUCAGGUGAUGCCAGAGCCCUGCGCCGUCUGAGAACGGCCUGUGAGCGUGCCAAGCGCACUUUGUCCAAUGCCACUCAGACUACUGUUGAGAUUGAUUCUCUGUUUGAUGGAGAAGAUUUCAACUCAUCCAUUACUCGUGCUCGAUUCGAGGACCUGAAUGCCAAGUCUUUCUCUGGUACAUUGGAACCAGUUCAGCAAGUUAUCAAGGACUCCGGCCUUGAGAAGAGCAAGGUUGAUGAGAUCGUGCUUGUUGGUGGUUCCACUCGUAUCCCUCGCAUUCAGAAGCUUCUCAGCGACUUCUUUGACGGAAAGAAGCUUGAGAAGAGCAUCAACCCCGAUGAAGCCGUCGCCUACGGUGCUGCCGUCCAGGCUGGUAUCCUUUCAGGAAAGGCCACUUCUGCUGAGACCCAGGAUCUUCUGCUGUUGGACGUUGUUCCGUUGUCUCUUGGUGUUGCGAUGGAGGGUAAUAUCUUUGCCCCUGUGGUGCCUCGUGGGCAGACUGUUCCUACCAUCAAGAAGCGCACUUUCACCACUGUUGUGGACAACCAGACAACUGUUCAGUUCCCCGUCUACCAGGGUGAGCGUACAAACUGUGCCGACAACACCUCUCUUGGAGAGUUCACCUUGGCUCCCAUUCCGCCCAUGAGAGCUGGUGAAGCUGCUCUUGAAUGUGUUUUCGAGGUUGACGUCAACGGUAUCCUUAAGGUUACUGCAACCGAGAAGUCUUCCGGCCGUAGUGCAAACAUCACCAUCUCCAAUGCUGUUGGUAAACUCUCGACCACAGAGAUCGAGCAAAUGAUCGACGAUGCCGCCAAAUUUAAGUCUAGCGACGAGGCUUUCACAAAGAAGUUUGAGUCCCGCCAGCAGCUGGAGUCUUACAUUUCCCGCGUCGAGGAGAUCAUCUCCGAUCCUACUAUGUCGAUGAAGCUGAAGCGUGGCAACAAGGAGAAGAUUGAAUCCGCUCUCAGCGAUGCUAUGGGUCAGCUCGAGCUCGAUGAUUCCACUCCCGAGGAUUUCAAGAAGAAGGAGCUUGUCCUCAAAAGACUCAUUACUAAGGCUAUGGCCACUCGGUAAAUGAAUCUUGGUGGGACUUGCGGUGACCGCUGCAAGUAAAAAGGAAGUAAUCAAAAAACGAACUGGACGCGUUAUUUAGUGUUAUGAAUAGAGGCCAAUCUGCUGCUCUGCUACCUAUGCAACAAUUUUGACAUGAGUUUCGUGUAUAUGUAUGGGCCCUCUAGACUAGGCGCAUGUUUAUAAUUCAGUACAGAAUGGUCAACAUGUCUUAUAUUUCAGAGAAGACUGUUCCUAUGAUUUUGAUGAGCCAGUGAAUCUAUAUACUCCUUCUCAUGACACUUUGCGGGUAUGCUAUGUUCCAACUUCCUAGAUCUGUAAUGAGCUUAGGCAAGUGGGCUUCGUAAUGACUAUACCUCUAGUUCAUUGCAAUAGUUAGUUUAAUAACUUUUCUAUUCUGCGAACCACGAAAGGUAUAAGUACUACAUGGUCUAAGCCGUUGGUGUUAUGGAUGGGUUAGAAACCUAGUAAUUUUUUCUGAUUUGGUUAGCGCGCCUUGAGGUCGGUGAUCUG